AUGUUUUUAAAUUUCACAGUAGCCCACUUAAAAUGCCACCCAAAAACAAAUCUAGAAAUGCAUUUUACUACUUUAUGGAAGAUUUUAAACAAAGACAAGGAUUUACUUCUAAAUCCAUGAAGGAUGUAGCAGAAGCUGCAGGUCCCCAUUGGGCUAGGAUGUCUAAGGCAGAAAGAAGACCUUAUGAAGACAGGGCAAGCAGAGAGAAGGGAGGUUUGAGAUAUACUUGGGAUGGACAAUGCGUUGAAGAAAUAGAGAAGAGACAAAAAGCUGAAGAAAAUAAUAUUGCUAAAAUGAAAGAUGACAUCGACUGCACCUUGAAAUUUGCCAAAGAAAAUUGUCGCCUCCGAGAUGAAAUGUUCUUCUUAAUCCAUAUCAAUACUUUCUGUUACCAUGCCAGUGGUAAUCGGUAUUAUCCCGCUGAAAUUGCUAUUUCCUGCUUCAGUUUGGAAGAUGGCGUUUUACCUCAAAAUGUUUUUCAUAAAACUAUUAAGCCAGGUGGACUACCGCUGGGGUAUGCUAGUGAUGCAAAAAAGCAAUCUGAAGAUUCACAUCAACUUCCUAUCCCUUUAACUGGUGAAUAUGACGACAAUGUGGAAGAAGUUUAUACAGAAAUGAAAGAGUUUUUAUCCUCUAAAACAGGAAAUUCUAAAAAUUUUCCUCCCUUAUAUGCUAAGAAAGAUAUCGUGAAAAUGGUUCAACACGUGUUAGAUAGUUGGUGCACUGAUUUUGAUGAGCCGCCAUUAUUUAAAGUUUAUUAUUUACAGUAUAUGUUUCAAGUACUAAAAAACUCGGUAGCUAAUGACAAUGUAUGGCCCUUAUAUUCAAUGGCAGAGACGGAAGUUGAUAAGGAUCUUUAUUCCCAUACUGCUGGAAUAUGUUGUGACUUUCAUUCUGUUAGUGAAGCUUGUGAAUUCUGUAGCCGUUCUGUGGUUGUCAGACUUGCUUAUACAAUUUGUGAUAAUUGCUGUUCAUUUCUUAAUAUUCCUAUAGAGGCUGGAAGACAUGUACCUGAUCAAGCUUUUACAGCAUCCAGUUUGAGCUCAAGAGCUUCAUCAAAAGCUAGUUUGUAUUCAGCUUCUAGUAAAUCUUCUAAGAAGCAAUCAGUUCGAGAGGAUGAUAAAGAUACCGUUAUAUCGUUUUCUAGUGCCUCUCAAUGGGAGAACGAAUCUGUAAUGUCAGAUUCUUCUACAUCGACAUUCAAUAAUGGCUUUCCAGGUCUGAAAUCUAAAUGGACAUUAAGCAAUUCUCAACCUGUAGCAUCUGACUCAAUGAGCCAAGUGUCCGGUCCGAGCUAUGCAAGUGCUAUGGGAAAUAGAAAACCUAAUAGAGACUUUUCUAAUGCUGUGGGAAACAGAGGACCUCAAAGAGAGUUUCCUAAAAAUUCCGAUAAUGAUCACUCCAGUGAUUCGACUACCGAUUAUUUAAACAGUCAAUCAUUUCCGGCUCUUGGAAGAGGAAGAGGUUUAGGCAGAAAUCGAAGAAAUUGA